AUGGUAGAUAUUGCGCGUCUUUGUCGCUUCAUUAUACGCGAUGAUUUUGGUGACAUUGUGGCGAAAAUAGCAAAAGUAUUAUUAGAAAAAGGACGACUCUCUCUCCCUUCAAUUCGUCGCUUCACAAAACUCGAUGUCAAGAGUAUUAAAGAAAAUCUCGUAAUUCUCAUGCAACAUAAUAUGGUGUAUUAUGCUGAAAUAACGGAAAACAACCGAACUAUCGUGUAUUAUCAUAUUGAUGUGCGAGAGAUUCUUGCUAGACAAAGAAUUGGGUUAUACCUGUGGCAUUCAAAGAAUUUGCAUAAUGUUGAGCUGGCACCGGCAAUUAUUCAUUAUAUACUGUUGAACGGAAAAGGAACAAUAAAAGGAGUUCUGAGUCAUUAUUUUCAUGAGAAAAACAUUGAAGGACAGGAAUUGACAAAAAAUAUAACAGUCAUAAAACGAUCUUUUGAAAAAUUAAUAAGAGAACGCUAUUUGAUUCCUGUAUUCCGCGAAGAUACCAUAUCGGCGUUGGAUAAGAGAAAUGAACAAGAACAGAAAGCAUUGAUUGAAAGGCAACUUAUUCUACCGACAAAGAAAGAGAUGUCGGAUAUCAGAUCUAAAAUUGAUAAUGAUAUACGAAACGCAGAUAAAGCAGCUCAGAGUUCUUUGAAGCGAAAGGCUGAUGAUAAUUUAGAAUCUUCGGAGCCUAAUAAGAUGCAAAAAACCGAUGAAGGUUUUGAU